UCCCAAAACCCUCGCCGCCGCUUCCCACCUCCGUCCAUUUCUCCGUUGAUCCGCUUCGCCGGCCGCCGCCGUCGCUUGCGCUUCCUCUUUUCCGUUCGCCACUCGCCAGCCCGUCUCCAUCUGCUUCUUAAGCUUUCCCAUUCGCCGCCGCCGCCACGCCUCCUAAGAGGCACGCCCCACUUGUCUCGCCGGCCGUAUGAACCAGAGAUGCUGCCCCCGCCUCCGACCGCUGUACUUUCUCCGCCGCGGCAUCCACUCCACCUCGGCGCCCAUUCCGGCCGACGCCGCCACAGACGCCACCCUCUUGGGCCGCCUCACCCGCCUCCUCCUCCUGCAUCGCUUCUCCGCCGCCGCCCGCCUCCUCUCCUCCUCCGGCCCCCUCACCCCUUCACUCCUCCAUGCAGCCCUGCGCCGGGUCCGUCUCGACCCCGACGCCGCGCUGCACCUCUUCCACCUCGCCCCGUCCCGCCCAUCCCUGCUCGCGCACGCCCAGCUGCUCCACAUCCUGGCCCGCGCCCGCCGCUCUGCCGACGCUCGCGCUCUCCUGGCUUCCCUCCUCUCCCCUCGGCCUCCGGCCCCGCCUCUCUUUCCGCACCUCGUCGAGGUCUACAAGGAGUUCACCUUCUCCGCGGCCUCCUUCGACCUGCUCCUACGCGCGCUCGCCAACGCCGGUCACCUGGAUGGCGCCCUCCAGGUGUUCGACGAAAUGAGGAAGCUCGGGUGCCGCCCCACCGUUCGGUCCUGCAACAGCAUGCUCAACAGGCUAACGCAGGUUGGGGACCUGGGCACCGUGGUGGCCGUGUUCGAGCAGAUGCAGCGUGUCGGGACUCUGCCAGACGAGUUCACGGUGGCGGUCAUGGCAAAGGCGUACUGUAGGGAUAGGGGAGUGGCACAUGCAAUCGAGUUUGUGGAGGAGAUGAAGAAGAUAGGUGUGGAUGCGAACUUGGUGGCAUAUCAUGCACUGAUGAAUGGGUACAGUGAGAUGGGGCGGACCGAGGAUGCAAGAAGGGUGUUGGAUUCGCUGCCCAGCAGGGGUUUGUCACCAAAUGUAGUGACAUAUACCUUGCUUGUGAAGGGAUAUUGUAAAGAGGAGAAGAUGGAGGAGGCUGAGGAUGUCAUAAGGGAGAUUAGGAAAAAUAAGCAUCUUGCGGUUGAUGAAGUCACCUAUGGUGCAGUGAUUAAUGGCUACUGCCAAAGGGGAAGGAUGGAGGAUGCAGUUAGAUUACAGAAUGAGAUGAUUCAUGUUGGGCUCCAGGUAAAUCUGUUUGUGUACAACACAAUCAUCAAUGGGUACUGCAAGUUGGGCAGAAUGGUGGAAGCACAUAAGAUUUUGCAUGAAAUGGAAGGUGCUGGUGUGAGGCCAGACACAUACAGUUACAAUAGUCUAGUUGAUGGGUAUUGCAGAAAGGGUUUGAUGACCAAGGCUUUUGAAAUUUGUGAUACGAUGGUAAGGAAUGGAUUCACAGUGACAGUAGUAACAUAUAAUGCACUUUUGAAAGGUUUUUGCUCACUUGGCUCGAUUGAUGAUGCACUUAGACUGUGGUUCUUGAUGUUGAAGAGAGUUGUUGCACCUAAUGAGAUUAGUUGUAGCACUUUGUUUGAUGGUUUCAUCAAGGCAGGUAAAACUGAGAAGGCCUUGAACCUUUGGAAGGAAACCUUAGCAAGGGGAUUAGCAAAAAACAUAACUACAUUUAACACGGUUAUCAACGGGUUGUGUAAGACUGGGAGGAUGCUUGAAGCAGAAGAGCUUCUUGGCUGGAUGAAGGAAUCGAGAUGUCCUCCCGAUAGUAUAACUUACAGAACAAUAGUUAGUGGUUAUUGUAAGACAGGUGAUAUGGUUGGAGCUAUUCGCAUUAUGAAGGAAAUGGAAACUUUAGGUUUUGUUCCUUCAAUUGAAUUGUUCAAUUCUUUGAUAACUGGACUCUUCAUAGCUAAGCAAUGUGGAAAGGUGGACGAUAUACUCUUUGAAAUGAGUACAAGGGGACUUUCUCCUAACACAGUUACUUAUGGAGCUCUGAUAGCUGGAUGGUGUAAAGAGGGAGAUCUGCAGAAAGCGUAUAACCUGUAUUUUGAAAUGGCAGGGAAAGGCCUGACUCCAAACCUUUUUAUUUGUAGUUCUUUAGUGAGCUGUUUCUAUAGAAAGGGGAAGGUUGAUGAGGCAAAUUUGGUGCUGCAAAAACUUGUAGAUACCGACAUGAUUCCAGAUAUCAGUGCAACCAGACUUGAGAUUGGGAAAUUAGCAAAUGCACUUGAUACUGUUGCUGGUGGAAAUCUUCAUUCUGCAAAAAUAAUGUUGAACAUUGUUAUUUUUGGUCUAUGCAAAUUGGGAAGGAUUGAAGAUGCUAAAAACAUGUUUGCAAAUCUAAAAACCAAGGGAUUUGUUGCUGAUAAUUUCACUUAUUCUAGCCUCAUCCAUGGUUGUUCCACUUCAGGAUUUGUUGAUGUAGCUUUUGAUCUGAGGGAUGAGAUGUUAAGUGUUGGUCUCACUCCAAAUAUCGUAACCUACAAUUCACUCAUAUAUGGUCUUUGCAAGUCUGGGGAGUUAUCAAGGGCAGUUAGUCUUUUUAAGAAGUUGCAGUCAAAGGGUAUCUCCCCUAAUGCUAUCACCUACAAUACACUAAUUGAUAAAUAUUGUAAGGAUGGUCACAUAACUGAAGCCUUUAAGUUAAAACAAAGGAUGAUAGAGGAUGGUAUUAAGCCUACUGUGUUCACCUAUUCUAUACUGAUUCAUGGUCUUUGUAUUCACGAUUAUAUGGAAGAAGCAAUCAAGCUUCUUGACCAAAUGAUUGAGAAUAAUGUAGAUCCAAAUUAUGUUACAUAUUGGACGCUGAUUCAAGGUUACAUUAGAUGCGGUAACAUGAAAGAGAUUUCAAAGCUUUAUGAUGAGAUGCAUAUCCGUGGACUUCUUCCCACCCUUGUGGCUGGAGAUGUAAAACAAGCAUGUCCUGUUAUAUACAACCAGAAUGGGAAAACAAGUCACAUGAAGAUGUACUGCUAGUGCUAACUGCUAACACAUUCGUUGCAUGUCUACAUUCUCUUGGAAGAUGCUGAUGACUUAUGGUUUGUAUGAUAAGGCAAAUCAUAAGGAUCCAUUUACAACUUAGAUGAUUCCUCAAUUCGAUCAAGGAGAAUCUUAGUGGAUUAAUUUUAUUAGAGCACUGGAUCAAGAUUCAAGCAAUUUGAGGUGUGGACAAGCAUGGCGGCUUCUGUAAUCAGAAAAUGAAGGGUUCGCUGAGAGAAAAAGGAGAAAGACACAAUGGAUUGAAUUUGGAAGAGUUGACCAAACUCUUAUGUGCCAUAAUAGCUGAAAGAUGGAUCAGUUAUAUGCCAAUGUGGAAUCGAGCAAUUGUUGGUUGCCAAGCAAUAUCCUCAGCAAAUUGCAAAUGCAGCUACAUCUGACAGCCAAGUGGGCAUGGUUUUUGCAAUCAAAAGAUGAGGCAGAGAACUAAAUGGGUUAGCAUCGUGCCCAGAUAGAGGCUUCACUCUAUGGGAAGGUUGAAGAGAGCAACGGUGGUUCUGGUGCGAAUGUCAAACUCCUUGUUUGGCAGCAGCAAAAAUUGAACAACUCUAUCAAUAGGUCUGCAAGUAUCUUCCCUAAUGUCAUUUAGAUGCUUCAGAGACAUGUCACCUAUGUGAGGAACUGAGCGUUUCUGGGGCGAGUUUUGUUGAGUUGCAUCCCUUAUUGCAAUUAAGAUACCUUAAGUCACAUUUGACUGUAGCAACGAAUGAAAAGUAAAGCUAACGUUGCUACCUUCACUAUUUAAGACCUCCAGUGAUGUUGCUCCGAAAAAUUUCUUGUCUUACUUCCGUACUAUAUUGUUUUGGAAAAUAGAGCACUGUUUUUCAGGGCUAAUA